UGAUACGAGCCUACUCCAGAAAGAGUGAGAGGGGCCAAGAAGAGGGAGGGAGAGAGAGAAGCAGUUUAAGCGAUGAGUUUUUUCUUCCUUGAGGUGAACAGUAAAGUUUAUCUGAAGAAACAGAAGGAAAUUACCUCCCCAAAUUUAGAUAUCACUGCAACGGAGAAGGCUCUCUGCAGCGUUUGCACAACUCUCUUGGUGUGGGUUCAGCUCAGUGGGGUCGAUGUUUCCAGUGAAACAGCCGUGGUUGUGUAAAGCGCUAGGUUGCUAUGAUUGCUGCAUUCGCUGCCUGGGCGCUGUGCCCUACACCAGCCUCCUGGCCACCCUGCUCUGCUACACCGGAGUGGCGCUCUUCUGUGGGGGAGGCCACGAGGCGCUCUCUCACACAUAUCAAUUGGUAGAGCUAUACUUCGCAAGAGAGGUCCAGGAUUUCACGGUGCUGGCUGAUUUUAUAAAAUACUUUCAAUAUGUGAUCUACGGUCUGGCCUCCUUCUUCUUCCUGUAUGGACUGUUGCUGUUGGCCGAAGGUUUUUACACCACCAGUGCUGUAAAACAGACCUUUGGCGAGUUUAAGAGCACCAGCUUUGGGCGCUGUGUCAGCCUGACAUUAAUUAUUCUGACAUACGUGCUUGCCGUGAUCUGGUUGGCCAUCUUUGGCUUUACGGCCAUUCCUGUCUUCUUUCUUUUUAACAUGGAAAGUUCCUGUCACAAGGUUAACAUUCUGUCUGAAACCACUCUCUUCAACCAGCAUUCAAGAGUCUGCAUGGAUGCACGGCAGUACGGGUUCCUUCCCUGGAAUGCUGUGCCAGGUGUCGUUUGUGGAACUACACUAGCUAACAUCUGCAAAACAGCAGAGUUCUAUGUGACCUACGACCUUUACAUCUGUGCGUUUGUUGGAGCUGGGAUCACUCUUUUCGCUCUGUUCCUCUAUGUGGUUGCCACUACCUACAACUAUGCUGUUCUAAGGUUUCUUGGAAGGAAGGGCAUCCGUUGCUAGGUUCAGAUCUUCUUUCCUGGUGUCUUUCCAAACAACUCCAUUUGUGUGGUCAUGGUGGCCAGUGAGGAAACCCCAGGAACUACAUGAUACCCCUGCAGAGUUCUGUUUUACAGAUUCACCCCUGGUUUCAAACCUACACUGCAGAAUAUCGAUCAACGAAAAUAACAAUCCAUCUACGCACUACAUUUAACACCACAAACUACUGUACUGUAGAUCUCUGGAGGAGUGGAACCUAGCCUCUGUAUUUCUGUCUUUCUGUUUUACACAUACGCAGACACUCGCGCAAGGUUCGUUCUUCUGUUUAUUAUAAGCAGCCAAACAAGUGCGUUUUAACGUCAAACUCGUUCGACUCACCGUGGGAUUUGACUCCCCUACUUCUGAUUGGUUCAUGAGGAGGUUAUCUGACUGGUUUUUAUCGGUAAUGCCCUUACGAAUAUUAACCAUGUUUUUUUUUGUGGUAAAAGUGUAGUAACCAUGUUUUUUUGGUGCAUUGAUUACUUAGGGCAAACCCAUGGUUUUACUACAGUAACCAUUGUUUACUAUGGUUUUUACAAAAAACAUGGUUUUCAACUGUAGUAAAACCUACAGUAACCAUGGUUUUUUGGUUUUAAGUGAAGUAAAACCAUGGUUUUUCAAUUUUAACUGUAGUAAAACCAUGGUAAAUUUUCGUAAGGGCAUGCCCACCCACACCUAAUCCUAACCAUAAAAUGGAGUAACGGGGACAUCAGAUUUUGAUCCAGCAAACGCUGCGCGUAAUCGCUAGAAGCGGCAAACGCUUCAAAACGCCAGAACACAUCCUGCGCGAACAACCGUUCUGCUCUUUCUCUCACGGUCAUAGGUUUGUUUUAAGGAUUGUAUUCAUGUAGCUUUAUCAUCAUAUUAAUGCCUUGCAGUUUUACCAGGAUUUUAUGUUAUCUCCCUUGUUCUGUGGUGAGAGACAUUGGACAAAUGAACUGGGUUUAUAUUCGGAGACACACAGAGAUACAGCGCUGUAAUAAGCAGUGACCUGCUGUGUAAGUCUGGGUUCAGUAUUUUAGUGUCAAUAUCAAACCAUGUCCACUAUAUGUAUGGUUUUACAGUAUGUGCAACACAGUCUAACGGGAAUUCGUGACAUUGUCACAAACUGUAAUCUAUUAUUUCGUGUUUACUGACACGAAUUUCCCCCUUUUUUCGUGUCAGUCAGCACGGCUUUUUUCAUGUCACCCAGCACGACUUUUAAUCGAAUGUAUUUUAAAACGCGGUAUCUUUCAUAUGUAUAAAUAUAUAUCAACGCAAUCUGAUGGGAAUUCAUACCUAUUUUACAAGAUGGCUCAUUCGGUUGAAUUCCUGUUUCCUAAGAUCUCAUUGGUAUGUUUUGACUUUUCCCCUGUGACGUUAGGUUUAGGGGCGGGGUUAGGCGAGUCAUUUAUCAUUGCUUUGCCACCUCGUGAAACUCGCGUUUUUAGCUAAAUUAGCCUUUGCGGUUGUGAUUUUAGGAUUUGGGGUGAAGUAAGGUGUUGGUUAGCCACAUCCUAAAAUAUGUAUGACUUCUUUUGAUAUCAGGUUAUAAAUAUAUAAAUGUAAAUACACACGCAGUCUGUGUAUUGAAAGUCGUGCUAAGUAACAUUAAAAAAAGGUUGUGCUCACUGACACGAAAAAAUGGGGAUAUUCGUGUCCAUGAUCAUGCAUUAAUAGAUUCCAAAUUUCCUGUCUAUGCCACGAACUGCCGUGAGACUGGGUUGGUAUGUAUGAUUGUGGGUGGCUGUGAGUAUGUGUGUGUUUUUAUAACUAACUGACUCUGGCAGUAAACUGGACCCGAUCAAUGAUGGUGCUCGAUAAAAGAAACUAAUCAUGUUUUUAUUACUCUGGCUCACUUCAAAGAACUAAAAGUGAUCUGAUGAUGUCAAUCUAAUAAAUUAAGUGAAAUGAUUAUUAAAUUCUGCAGAAUUCUAAUAGAAUUUAGUUUACAUAAAAUUGUGUGUUGACUUUCAUUGAAACUCAUGCAAUAAACUUUAAUUUCAUUUAAUAAAA